AUGUUGACUUUGUUUAUUAUCGUUUCUGUUUUUGUUCUUUCUCAUCAGCAAUGUUGUUUUCCCUCCCAGUGGGAGGGGAUACAGUCUGGUUCAAUGGCCACCGUCUCUCCAGGGCCUAAUCCAGUGCCUGUUUUUACUUCGUUUUCUUAUCUUCUAUCAGUGGACUACUCCAAGCACCUGCUGUAUCUUUCCGGAAAUGUUACGACUGGCGGUCAUACUACUCAGAUCAAAGUCAUCAGGGACUAUAGCGCGAAAAUUCAAUAUGUCAUUGAUUUGGGAACCAAUACUUGUAAGAAAACUGUUAUGACUGACAAGGAAGUAUCUUGUUUAGGAACCAACGGCGACAAUGCCACGGUUGUCGCUAAGACGUACUUCGGGGCAGGAGGCCAGCAGCUUCCUUUUACCGUCUACAAAUCCGUGUUUAACGGCUACCCAUCUACCGUAUCUGUGGCGGAGGGAUGUAUUCCAGUAGGAACCACAUAUCACGGAAAUAACGAAUACGGUGAUUCUGUCAUUGGAUCCAUCGGAUAUCAUAGCAUCACACCCGGUAUCUCUGAUCUCUCUGUAUUUGCCGUCCCGGCGAAUUGUGUAUCGGCUCCAUUAGCGGGUUCGGUGGUUGGAUGAAGAAAAAUGUGGAUUUUUUAGUCCACUAGAUUAAUUUAAUUAAUUUGUACGAAAG